CCUGGCGACCUGCCGGCCGCGGCCCCGGGGCCGGGCCCGGGGUUCUCGCCUGCGCGGCGGCCGGGCGGGAGCGCGGUGUGAGGCGGGCUGAUAUUCUACACAGAAAGUCAGAUUGAAUAACAUGCACGUGCUGAUUACUGGAGGAGAGACUGAAGGACAUCAUGUUUUGGAUUAGCAUUGUUACUACUCUUGUGGUGAAAUGAAGAAUUGGAUUAUGUUUUGGAAAUAUUCAGAUUUCUACCUCAUCUAAACUUCACUGGCUUUUUCUGCAGGACAGAUUUCAACAAAUGAUUUCUGAUUUUUUUUAAUUAACAAAAAUGCAGAACCUGUCACUAGUAGAAAAUCUUAGUAAUACAGACAUGUUACACUGGAUAUCUCUGAAAGAUCUGGUAGCUGAUAUAAGUGAUAUGUCUAUCCAUGAAAGCACCUGUAAUUCAAAUGAAAGGAGAAAUAAUGAAGAAAUGAUUAAUCUUGAAGUAAUGCAGCAAAGCUUCCCUGUAGAGAAUAGUAAAGGAAGAAGUUGUGAGGGGGUUUCUGAAAGCAGUCAUAGUCCAUUAGAACCCAGUGGUUCCUGGGGUGAUUUCGAAGGCUUCAGGGAGUCCUUAGAUAAAUCAGAGAUUUUCAGUCACAAUCCUGAAGUUUUGGUGAAGUCAACAAAAACUUACAAAGACUUAUGCAAAGGACACGGUUCUGCUUCUGUUGGUCACUUUUGCUCUGAGCCAUCUUUGCACACUGGGAGACAGGAGGCUUCUAGCUCUGUAAACGAGGCAAACCACAGCUAUGAGGAUAUAUUUAGGUUGGGCUUUCCAGAAGUCUCUGUACCACAGUCCAGAGAGAGCAUAAGAAGCUUAGAUCAAGUAUUUGAUACAAAUAAUGAAGAUACUGGGAUUUCUGAACUCAUGAAGAAUCAACUUUGCAUUGAUUGCGGAAACAUAUGGAGAAUUCUUAAAGACUUUGAUAAUACCCCCAGCUUAAGACAUCGCUGGAGUAAAUCUCAUUGCCAAGAAAACCUCUUGAGUGUUCUUGGAAUAAAUGCAAAUCAAAAGGACUUUCCAGAGAGCCAGGAUGGCAUUUUUGAGGAAUCAAAUGUUAAAGAUGAUGAGGACUUCAGAUUUGAUGGAUUCAGCGGUAAUAACUGCAAAGCACUGAUCCAGACCAAGCUUUCUGUAUCACCAGAUUCCAGCCAUGGUCAUCUUUUUACUUGUAACCUUUUUUUGAAAAGACCAUCAUCCAGUGGAAAUACGCAAUAUAUAACAAUCCCAAGAAAGAAGCAAAUUUUCACUACACACAACCUAAAAAUGAAAUUUUUCAGUAGUGAUGUUUGUUAAACCAAAUGCACUUUUUAUUUCUCUUUCUUCUUUUUGAACCAUGUGUGUUUUACCUUUAUUUUGUUACUGGCUUGGUACUAGAGACUUGGUAUGUUCUUCAGGGAAGUGAUAUAUUGCUAUAUAUGAGGUUGCUAAAGCUACCUUAUAAAAGGUACUUACCCUAUUUAGUUUUGAAGUUAGAUACAAAUUUUUCCUGGUAAGUUUUGUUGAGUCAUGUCCCUUACAGUAAAUGCAGCUGCAAUCAAACCUUAAAGAUACUGAACUACUCUUUUUAACUACUGACCUUUCAGACCUUAGUAUCUCUUUGAUUAAAAACCUUGUUUUUCUGCCAAAAUCUAAACACAUCUUAGGUGUGUUGUGAAGUGUGCCUUGUCACUCUAUCUUCUCAUAUUUAGUCCAGUUUGAAUUAGCUGAGGUCUGGUACUUUGCUGCAGCUUAGCAUAAUGAAAAAAAACCUUCUACAUCCUGUGGCUUUUACUGGGGUUUUUAAAAAAAUAAAUCUGUUCAACUGCUGUCUCUGCUAAUAGGGAUAGAGUCACUGGUGUGAUCAGAUUCAAAACAUUUUGUUCUGGCAUUGAUUUCUAAUUGAAAUAAAUCACGUCUUUGAAGCUGACUGUAA